GGGAGCUCCGGGGAUAUUAGAGGCGCGCGCUGCUCCCGGGCCAGGACCACUCUCGCUCUCUCUCUCUGCGCGGGAGUCCAAGCGGCGCCAAGGACUUUGCUCGCUCUCUCGCCCGGGAUCCCUUGCCCUGCUGCCUUCCUUCUGCUUCUCAGUCCGGGAGUGGCGGCGGACCAAGUCAGCGGGAGCAUGUCUGCCCAGGAGGGGGCCGGGAAGCCGCUGCUCCUCUGCCUGGCCUUGCUCCUGGCCGGCCUGGACCGGGCCCUGGGCACCGAGGCCACCCACCCGCCCGAAGGGGCCCAGGACCUCCGCGGCGGCGGCGGCGGCGGCGGAGCCCAGCAGAAAGGACGCCUCUCCUUGCAGAACACAGCUGAAAUCCAGCACUGCCUGGUCAAUGCCGGCGACGUGGGGUGCGGUGUUUUUGAGUGCUUUGAAAACAACUCCUGUGAGAUUCGAGGCUUGCAUGAGAUCUGUAUGAUGUUCCUCCACAAUGCUGGAAAAUUUGAUGCCCAGGGAAAAUCUUUCAUUAAGGAUGCUCUGAGAUGCAAGGCACACGCCUUACGCCACAAGUUCAGCUGCAUCAGUCGCAAGUGCCCAGCCAUCAAGGAGAUGGUAUUCCAGCUGCAGCGUGAAUGCUACCAGAAGCACGACCUCUGCUCUGCGGCCAAAGAGAAUGUUCAAGUCAUAGUGGAGAUGAUUCACUUCAAAGAUCUACUCCAGCAUGAACCAUAUGUUGACAUGGUGAAUAUCUUGCUCACUUGUGGAGAGGAGGUUAAAGAGGCCAUCACACGGAGUGUCCAGGCCCAAUGUGAACAGAAUUGGGGGAGUCUGUGUUCUAUCCUGAGCUUCUGUACUUCAGUCCCACAUGGAGAUUCCCUUUUGGAGCCUGAGAAGAAGCCCAAUGAAGUCUCCAGCAGAUCCUCCAUUAGCCAAAGGGACAUGGUGGUCCACUCUGAAUCUGACACCAGAGAGAGCUCCCGAAACACCAGGGGGGAAAGAGGUAGCAGACAUCCAACAAAUGCCCACACUCGCACUAAAGCUGGGAACCACAAUCCCAAAAUGGUUCAUGGCAUCAUUGAACAGGCAGAGGAACUGUCUGACUUCUCCGACAUCCGAAGGUGAAAGCAGGAUACAGCCCUUCCUUCCUCCCCUACCAGAAACUUCCUUCAUUGAGUUCACCUUCUUAUCUAGGGGCAUUCCAGAAUAUUUACAAUAUCAAGGGGUUGGUGUCAGGCAAAGGGCAUUGUGGGAUAUGUGGCAGUGACAGUGUAUGUAUUAUACGUAACAGAGGAAAAGCAAUGGCUUUUGGUUAUUGAUUGUAUCCAGCAAACUCUGUGUGCAGGUGCAACAAAAUAUCUUCAUUUAAAUAUUUGCAUCUCUGAAAAAGGUAAAGUAGGAAUUAGAAGCCAAUUUGGGUUGUUUUUGUUCCUUUUUCAGGUGUAGGUUGAUCCAAAUUUCCAUUCUCAGGCUUGGCAUUUAGACUAGGUUCAGUGUUUAAUCUCUAGGCAGAAAAUAAUGUGGUUUCCACUCUUUCAGAGGCAAUAAGGACUCAAAAUGGUCUGCUGUGACUUUUGUAAGCAUACAGGAAACAUUGUAGUUACAAACUAAAACAGUUUCUGUGAAUCAUUAUCCUGUUUAGAUGACACCAUCUGCCUUAAGUGGUCUUGGUUUGAAUGGCCCACUGUUGACUUCUUCUCCCUCUUGUUCCAGCAUCCUUGGAAAGCUGGCUGGCUUACAGACCAAUUUCAGGAAAAGAUACUUGGUUUUUUUAGUGAGCCCACUAUCAUGCCAACCUUUUUUUUCCAAUACAUUUUCAGAUUCUACAAAGCUACCUGAUUGAAAUAGAUUCCCUAAAUAAUAUAGUAUGGAUGCCACCUUAGAUUGGUGACAGUUAUAUGGAGGCUUAAUUGGAAGAGUGGGAAAAAUCCCUUUCUUCUUCACCUAAAAUCAGGUUCACAAAGUUUGCAGGAUUGUUCCAAGGCUGACAGUGGCUAAGUUCACACAUCACAGUAAGCCUUAGUAUUUCUGGCUUCCUUUGCUUAUGCACACUAUCCAGUUGCUCCCAGUGCAAAGGUGAGGGCUCUUGACAAACCACAGGCAUUCCAUGGUUUGUUGGCUGUGACAUCUAAACCCAGAUCUCCUGCUUGUCUUCCCACCCCCACCAAGGGUAUAUCCAUCUGACAUCACUUUAACUGACAUAACUAUCCUACAGAAUCCUGGGAUGUAUAGUUUGGUGAGGCAUCAGAGCUCUCUGACAGCCCAGGCUGAAUACCUCACCAAACUACAGAUUUUAGGAUUACAUAGGAUGAAGCCAUGAUGGUUCAGUUGGUACCUAACUGCUUUAUUUCUGAAGUAUGGAAGCAAGCCUGGGAAAUAAAUCAAAGAUGUAGAAAAACCAUGGGAUAUUUCUUUGUCUUAUUAGAGGGGAAACAAAGUAUAUUUCUGGGUUUCAACAUAACACUAAACAAACAAUAAGCAGAAGGCCUGUGGCUUGUUGAGCCAGUCCCUUUUGUGCUGGAAGCAGUGGGACAGUAUGCACCAACUCUUUGCCUUGUUCACAGUAAUCCAGAAUUCUGAAGAAUUCUCAAAGAGUUAUGGCUUAUCAUGACAUCAAAAUGUGUCCAGUGUGCACAAAGUGCCAAAGAAAUGGUGAUGAACAAAAGUAAGCCAUGCUCUACAAGUGAUUUAAUCAGGCCACUGGUUUGGAACUAGCUUAAAGUCUUAUCCACCCUGCAGUCCCUAACCACAUGUUCUUAGAAAUGAAACGAAUCCCAUACAUAUCACUGGAACAUCCUUCCGCUAAGUGUGCACUGAAUUAUAGCGUCCAUAGUCCACUGUUACAUGCCUUUACUUUUGAAAAUACAUCUGUUUAUCAUCGGCUAAGAUCACUUAGUAUGCUACACUUUGAGACAUUAGCCAGUGCAUUAGAAUUACCUUUUCUGGAAGAUAAUGCCACUCCAGUAAUGUUUUCAGGUAGUAGGAAAACAGAUGUCAUAGAUAGAAACCCAAGUCCAGUAGCUUCUUGUUCACAUCAUACUUUUAUGUAUAAAGACUUUCCCAGUCACUGUAGUGUCAGAGAACGGCUUUAUGUGUUCAUAUGCGUUGUUCACACUUUGUAUGUGUUCAUGUGCAGAGUCGACCCUGAUGCUACAGUGACUGAGAAACUCAUCUUCAUUGGUGAUAGGAAGAGACACAGCAACAUAUCGCAGUUCUUUCAUCCUUGGUGAAAGCAGUUAGAAGGCUUUAAAAAACAACACAGUUGUACAUCCAGCCCGAACAUGUUAUUUGCACAGUUUCUAAUAAGAAUGGCUUUAGAGAUUGUGCUGAGUGGUGAAUUCAAUCAUAGCUUCAAACAAACAAAAACAAGUGAGGAAUACAUGGUUCCCACACUAAAAUAUUUGUAAAUCAGCUUGUUAGGGAGGCAGUCAUGACCACUUUGUCAUAACAUCAUGCAUAGGUAAAACCCUCCAAACAUCUGCCUCUAGAACAAUACUAUGUAGUCAGAUCUUUGGUAAAUUCACUCUACAGGGAUCUUUAGCUAGAAGUCUAAUUUACCAGUGGGAACUAAGACAUAUACAUUGAAUGUCUCUGUCAACAGAUCACCUCAUUGUGCAUAUAGUUUAUCUUUGUUCAUUUUAAGGAGGUAAAUAUAUGUCCCCUUUUAGCUUACACAAAGAAAAUUCAGGAUUUUUAAAAACCUUUUAUUUUGUGGAAGUGGGGUUGUAUAAGGCCUAAUUUUUUUCCUCUGUGUUAAAAUUGGAUGUAUGUGUUCACCUACUGAUUCCACAUAUUCUUUUAUUGUAAAUAUUUAUCAUUUCUAUUUAUUAUAGUUUUCUCCAUUAAAAAAUAAAUAAAUCUGAGCACUGCUGGCUAAGGUAAUUUAAAUAUAUGUUGGGACCUGUGUUGUAUAUAUUCAUGCCACUAGUACAUUUUUGUUACUGUUUAAAGCAAGGAAAAUAUAAUUUUAUAUGCUCCAUAAUGUUGUUGACAGUUUAAAUCAUAUAUUUAUUGUUAAAUUUCGUUUCUAAUAGAUACAAGUGCAUUUAACCUGAUAAUUCUAUUAAGAUAUCUUGUAUAGCCUUACUUCUUUGGAAAUUCUAAAAUAAAAAAUGUCAGCUGUC